GGGCGGGGCGGAGCCAUCAGCCACGUGCUGGGUAUUUAAUUUAAAGGGCCAGAGCUCAAAAGCGAACCGGCCGCCAAGCUCAGGAGCUAAAAGAAGCCUAGGAGGAAGAGAUUCUUAGUCGUUGAAAGGCAGCAACCAGCUUAUGGGCAAGCGCUCUGCCCAUAGUAAGCGCUCAAAAAAUACUAUCCAAUGAAUGAAUGAUCUCCUCCCUGCAGCGGGUCACGGAGCCAGAGCUGACCAGUUAGGGCAGAGGGUUUAUCCGAGCGGUUGCAAGAAACCCAGGAGGAAGGUUGGAUCACAGAGAGGAGCGCCAGGGGCAAAAGACUCUUCGUCAGAAAAGAAGCAGGGGUGGGGAAAGUAACGUUUCCGAACCCCAAAAGCCCCUAUCCGCUCUCACUAGCCCUCCCCGGGGUUAGGUGCCAGAAAGACGAAGAUGAAGGUUUAACGUGAAUAGGGAAGGUAUUCCCGGUCCACCAGCUCUGGGUUCCGGACUCCCCGCCUGGGGUCUGGACAGGAGCAGCGGGAAGGAUGCCGCCUACCCUGCCCCACGCCAGCGUGGGGAAGAGGGAUGAAGGGCCCCGGCGUUUAGACGCCUCCCGGACGGUUCUGGCCCCCGGCGGAUCCCCAGGACUGGCAGCCAUGCAGCCCAGAAGCCUCACUCUGCUAGUGUUCCUGGAAUACAUCGUGACCCGGCACGGCGAGGCAGAUCCAGGGAGACUGGCCCCCUUCAGCUGCGAUGGCCACGCGUGCAAUCCUCCCGUGGCAAACCUGGCCACCGGCCGGACCCCCGUUACGCUAACCACCUGCGGGCAGAAUGCCACUGAACUGUACUGCUCUUACUUACAUGAACCGGCUCCCCUGCCCACCCUUCCAGGCUGUGGCCAGCCCAGGUGCACCAAGUGCAAUGCUCAGCAGCCUGACAACGCCCACCCGCCGCCUGAUAUGACCGACGACUUCUUUGUUCAUCCCGGUACCUGGUGGCAGUCAGCCCAGGGUGUCCACCGGGAGGAGAUUCAGCUGGAUUUAGAGACUGAGUUCUACUUGACCCAUGUCAUUGUGGUCUUCAAGUCCCCUCAGCCAGCUGCCACGAUACUGGAGCGAUCCCAGGACCAUGGGCAGACCUGGCGGCCUUACAAAUAUUUUGCCAUUAACUGUACUGCCGCUUUCGGGCUCCAGGACGAUCUCACUGAUGAAGGCUCAACCUGCACUUCGAGGUAUUCGGAUGCAGUGCCCUGCACCAGAGGGGAGGUGAGUAGUCCUAGUAAAGAAACUGGCACCUGCACUUUCUUGAGUCUUCCUAGUCAAAGGCCGAGGUCUUGUUUCAACGCAGGAAGUUCUUUCGGGAGAGAAGACAGCUUUACUAUGUCUGGGUUCAAGUUGAUUUGCAUUCUGCGGCUUGCCAUCUGCUGCCUGGAGCAAGUUUGCAUUGGCAUGGAAGACAAGGUGGCCGGCAUUCAGAAGUCUGGAGUGGAAGACAAGGAGGUGUGUUUCCUCCUUUUGAGACUCCUGAGCCUUAGGCCCUAUCUCUUCCAUUUACUUCCUCAGGGUUAUCUACCGGCCUUAACUCCAGCCAGUCGGAUUGAAGACCCCUACGGCCCAGAAGCCCUAGACUUACUGAAACUCACCAAUUUACGUCUCCUGCUCCUGAAAAGGCAGGAUUGCCCCUGCCAGGCAGGGAGGCUGCUGGAGAAGCCUCAGAGAUUCACCCACUAUGCCAUCUAUGACCUGAUUGUCCGUGGGAGUUGCUUCUGUAAUGGCCAUGCAGAAGAGUGCCAGCUAGCCAACGGGACAGGGGGCUCAGAGAAUGUGGUCCAUGGGAAAUGUCUCUGCAGCCACAAUACAGCCGGACAGCACUGUGAGAGGUGUGCUCCGCUUUACAAUGACCAGCCAUGGAAGCCGGGAGAUGGGAAAACUGGGGAGCCAAAUGAAUGCAAAAAGUGCCAUUGCCACGACCACUCUGGCAGCUGCCACUUCGAUCUGGGCAUCUGGCUGGGGUCAGGAAAACGCAGCGGCAGUGUCUGUGAUGGUUGUAAGCACAACACAGAGGGACAUCGCUGCCAAAGAUGCAAGCCAGGAUUUUACCGUGACCGGAGCAAGCCCAUGUCAUCCCCAGAGGCCUGCAAACCUUGCUCUUGCCAGUCUCUGGGAUUAGCCAAUGGGAUGCUCCACAGGACCUGGAGGUGCCACCCAAAGACAGGAUACUGUUUCUGCAAGCCUGGGGUGGCCGGCCCCAACUGCGACAGAUGCCUGAUGGGCUAUUGGGGCUUUGGAAAAAGUGGCUGUUAUCCUUGCAACUGCUCCAGAGAUUGUGAUCCUCACACUGGGGAAUGUGUGACUGGGUAUGAGAAGGAGCCAAUCUUCCAUGUCCCCAUAGGUGGGCAGAUCUCUGACCUCAUUCAGAUGCCAGAGAAUGAGCGCAAGGAGCAGUGGAAGUGGAAUGGUCAUGAGCAGGGAUUUUCAGCCUUGAGGCAUCCAGAAAAGUGUGUCUGCAAGGAGAAAGUUCUUGGAAGUGUCAAUGACUUCUGCCAAAUGAAAUUUGCAUAUGUGAUAAAAGCCAGAAUAGUCUCGGCUCAUGACAAGGGAACCCAUGCUGAAGUUGUGGUGAAAGUGAAGAAGAUCCUGAAGUCAGGCAAAGUGAAAAUCUCCCGGAAUAACAGAAGCAUCUACCCAGAAUCCUGGAUGAACAGAGGCUGCACCUGUCCCAUUCUGAACCCCGGUACAGACUAUCUGGUAGCAGGACAGGAGGAUACAAGGAGCGGGAAACUCCUAGUCAAUAUGAAUAGCCUGGUGAAACCUUGGAAGGCAUUUCUGGGAAAGCAAGUAGCACACAUCCUCCGAACUGGUUGCAAAUAAUCUCUCCUGAGUUCAAGGCAAGGGGAAAUCCAGCUUCACACACUGAGGUGGCACAAAUAGAUAGUUUACUGUUCAGGAAAACAAACUUUCAAGGUAAAAAGUGAGGGAUUCCCCUCAUUCCUUAGGCCUUUUAGACUUGGUUCCCCUGUGGUUCUCUCUCCCCAUCCCCACCAAACUGUUCACAUAUCUCAUGUAAGACAAAGCCUUAGCCAAUAACGGAUUAUGCCAGGGCCAGGUCUGAGGCACUAGGGAUUAUUUGUGGCCAUGUGGCAAAUACAAAGCUGAUAUUAAUGGGUAUGAAGUGCUUACAAAAUGUAUUGCUUUCUAAGGUGUCAUUUUCUUUUUCUGAAUGGCUCUUCUCUUUUGCUAGCCUUAAAAGUGGCAAAGGUCAGCAUUUCCCGUGACAGCUGAUUCAUUUUCCGAGUUUUCAUUGGUUUUCCUUUGGCAAAGAAAAACCCAGGAAGCAAUGUGUCGGUUUGUUCUGACUGUGAAGUUCAACUAUGUCUCACUGAUCUAAACCAAACACCUGAUCUGUUUCCAAUCAGACGCACGCAUACUUAGCCAAAUUUGCAGUAAGAUAACGUCGUCGGGAGUCGGAAGCGGGAGGCCACUUUGAAAACUGUGGCUCACAGAGGUGGGUCUGGCAACACAGAAUGACUGCCACUUUGGCCUGCAGCUAGACUUGGUGUUUUGGAAGCAUCCAGCAUCGAGUUGCUAUCCCAUUUCCAUCUCCCAGUUCACGUACUCCCCGAGACUGUGCUUACCUGAAGAUCUGUGGCAAGACCUCUAUAACAUCACUUUGCUUACUCCCAUCUGACAAGCUUCCCUCUUUCUCCUUUCAUUUUCCUUCCUUUGAAUUGUUUAAUCAGUCAC